CCGCCCCGUUCCCUUCGAGGAGCCGCGCCGCCGUCCCCCGCAACCAGAUCUACUCUCCACGCCGCGCCGCCGUCCCCAGCAACCAGAUCUACUCUCCACGCGGCGCCGCCGUCCUCUCACCACCUCCUCGACCGCCCUCGGUUUCUCCGCGAACAAACCCCAAAAGCGGCGGCGGCACCUCAGCAUCCAAGGAUGAGGACGUCGUCGUGGUGCACGGCGGAGACGGUGCACGGCACGCACACGUUCGAGGUCGAUGGGUUCAGCCUGCACAAGGGUCUCGGCGUCGACCGCUUCAUCGGGUCCGCCGCCUUCACCGUCGGCGGCUUCGACUGGUGCAUCCGCUUCUACCCCGAUGGUCGAUUCCUCAUAGGGGAUGGCGGAGACUCCUUCUGUAUCUGUCUGGAGCUUCUGAGCGAGAAAGCCGAGGUGAGAGCGCUCUAUCACCUCAGAUUGGUGCACCAUGCCGGAGCACCGUGGUCGGUCGGCUGGAGGGACGCACCGACGCUGUUUACCACCAUGGACGCGAGUAGGUACGGCAGUGGCUGGGAAUCAUACAAGUCCAUUAGCAGGAGGGAUAUGGAAGCUUCCGGGCACAUACACGAUGACCGCAUCGUGAUUGAGUGCGACAUUACUGUUAUCAAGGAACCACAGGUAGCUGAGGCCGCCGCGGUGGUGCCUCCUUCAGACUUGUCGGUUAGCUUUGGAAAAUUGUUGGAAUCAGAGGAAGGAGCAGAUGUGAAAUUCAUUGUUCAAGGGGAGGUUUUCCCUGCCCACAAGAUUGUUGUCGCGACACAAUCACCGGUCUUCAAGGCGCAGCUCUACGGGCCUGUAGGGGAGGGAAACAGAGAGUGCAUAACAAUUGAAGACAUGCAGGCUCCUGUUUUCAAGGCAUUGCUUCACUUCAUCUACACAGACUCAUUGCCCGCAGUGGAGGAUAUUGACAGCAAUGAAAAGGAAAUGAUGAAGUACCUUCUUGUGGCUGCAGAUAGAUAUGCCAUGGAGAGGCUCAAGUUGAUUUGUGAGGGAAUCCUUUGUGGAAGCCUUGAUGUUGAAACUGUUGCAACCACUCUAUGUCUAGCUGAUCAGCAUAACUGCACAAAGCUCAAAGAUGCUUGCAUUGACUAUAUCAACUCGUUGGAUAGAAUAAAUGAGGUGGUGGCAAGCCAAGGGUAUCUGCACCUUAAAACGGCAUGUCCUUCUGUCUUCGUGAAUAUGUGGGAGAAGGAGAAAGUGACCAAAUCUCAAAAAAAUUAGUAUCCGCGUUAUUGAUGUAACUUUUAACUAGUAGUUUAGUUUGUGCCAACUAGUGAUGGAAUGCUUUAUCCUUUAGUUAGCAGAAGAUAGUCUGGCGAAGAGUAGGUGUGAAAUGUACCUCUGUGCUAGGCUGCUAGCUCAAUUGUAUUAUCUUAAGACCUUUUGUACUAAGUUAACAAUGUAUUACUUUUAUAACUUUUGUUGUUUGUGCUAAAACUGCCGAGAAAUCAGUUAGCCGAACAAUACUAGCAUCUUGUAAAAUUAUGAUGAAUGAUUAGUCAACAAUGCAAAUUGUUGGGCA